AUGCCAGGCAUCAACGCCUCAGCCCUCCUCCUCUCCCAAGGCUGGGCCGGCCCCGGCCACGCGCUCGGCCCCUCCCAACCAUACCGCCAGCACGGCACCCGGGGCCUUGCAUACGACCCAUCCUCCGUAACACGCACCACGAGCAGCGGCCUGCUGAAACCGCUGCUUGUCUCGAAGAAGGAUGGCAAUAAAGGCCUCGGUCGCAAAGCGCAUGAGCCGGCGAGGGGAAAUGAGUGGUGGCUGAAGGGGUUUGAGAUGAACCUCCAGAUGGGCCGCUUCGGCGGACUAUACAGCUACUUCCUGCCUGGCGGGUCUACAGGUGGCACGCUGGGGAAACAACAAAAAGAGUCUGUCCCUUAUGAGCCGAGCACCAAGAUCAGCGAAUGGGGUCGGAAUAAGCGGAAAUCCGAUGUCCUCGACGACGACGAUGCCAUCGAGCAGGAGCAAGACGAAGCCAUCAAGAAAUCCAAGAAGCACAAGACGACAACGACAGCGCAGUCCCAAUUCGCCGAAGUAGCCACAUUCCUCUCCGCCCGCGACGCCGAACACGAGCAAAAGCGGCAGCGGAAAGAGGACAGGCGGAAAGCGAAAGCCAUGCGUGACAGCCAGGCGUUUGGUAUGGUUGGAGAAUUCCUAGCCGUCAAAGAGGCCGCAAACCGUGGCUCGGAACUGGAGAAGGAGAUGAGACGGAAGGCGAGGGAGGAGCGGAGGCACAGGAAGGAGGAGAAGCGGAAACGGCGGUCACGGGCGGGAGCCGUGGAGGAUUCUGCUGGGUCGAAAUCGGCAUCUCCUGCUGAGUCCGAGGACGGGUUGGAGGUGAGAGCGGCAGAGGAAGCCAAGUCCGAUCGUCGCAAGGAAAGGAGCAUUCGAAUAGUAAAGACUUCCUCUGGUGAUGAGCGGCCUGAGACACGCGAGGAGCGGAAAGCGCGAAGGGCGUUGAGGAAGGAGAAGAAGCAGAAGGCUCGAUAA